UCAGUCCUGGCUGAGAGAAGUGUUUUGGGAUUUUUAUAGCCUUAAGUUCCUUCAAACAUCCCCAUUCACAUCUGCACGCGUACACGACACUCUCUUGGUUCUGCUCUUCUGAUCAACAUGAGUUAUCCACUGGUGAUUCUGCUCUGUGUGGGACUUCUGCAUCAGACUGCGAGAGCUGUCGUCAUGGACAAACUAGCAGACAACAAGAUUUGUGGCGAUGCAGAAUGCUCAUAUGUUCUGUCCAUGGCCACAGCCCUGGAUGACUUCAUUGCCCCUGACUGCAGAUUCAUCAACAUCAGGAAGGGUCAGAUGGUUUAUGUGUAUUCUAAACUCGUACCAGCAGAGGGCACUGGAGUCUUCUGGUCUGGAAGUGUUUACAGUGAGCGGUAUGUGGACCAGAUGGGCAUCAUUGGAUACUUUCCUGCAACUGUGGUGAAGGAGACACAGAAGUUUGCAGUAGAAACAGUCAAGAUGCAAACAACUGACAUGGACUUCUACUGUGACUAAGGCAUGGCAGACUGACAACUUCCUUUCAAGCUUUUCUUUUCGUAGCUCUGACUUUAACAGGAGAGUUAUUCGGUUGAGUCCCUGUGUCAGACUGUGUCAUUAUAUCCUGUUGUGUCUGGACACUCAAGCGCUCUGUGUUGCUUAAGAUAUUUUGCUCAAUAAACCUUUUUAAUUCCCCACAUUCAAAAUGGUGAUGAUAUGAAAGAUAAGAAUCAAUUUUCCAGUUUGCUAAUUUGAUUUUCAAAAGACUUGUAAUUUUAUUGUGCAUUUCUGCUGACACAUCUAGUAACUUCCGUGCAAUUGCUACAGCUGUGAUGACCAUUACCUGCCGCAAACAUAUGAUCAGAUUCAAUUUGUUCCCCUGA